AUGUCUGAAAAGGAAACCCAACAUUCUACAAAACAUGAACAUGACGGGGACUUUGAACAGGAGUCUCUAUCAUCACCCGUCGACUAUCACCCUCAACAAAAUCUGGAGCAGGAGGACCUGGAGGAAAUUGAAGCAGGUACCACUUCGCCCACCUACAAUCCCGGUUACGAAAACAGGAUUGCCAAUAGAAGUCGCUCGCCAAUCAUCUAUGAAAGUACUUCCCCAAAAUUUGAACCACCAGCCGAUCACGAAUUCGCGGCUGAGCAGCUACCAUCGAAUUCUUCGCAAUUCGAUGUUGCACCACCAAAUGAUCCCACUCCACGUUCACCAUCUCCACUAUACCGUGAAUACUCUCCCCACUCGCCGACUUACAACCCUGAUAGCCCGAGCUAUGGAGAGCCAUCCGUCGCGGCCGAACAGCAGCGUCCAGCUAGUUCUGCUCGUUAUAAUGUUGGCCCAGCAAACAACUUUGCCGUUCAAACCCCAUCUCCAGCACAAAUUGCUGCCUGGGGUUAUUCCGGGGUAUCAACGGUGGAGUAUGAACAAAUGAAAAACAAGAACGAGUACUUGCAAAGGGAACACGCGGAAAUGCAGAAAAGUAUUAAAAGGAAGGACCGAGAAAUCGAAAGACUUCGCAGCAAGAAUCGGAGACUCGAAGAGGAGGGCCGCAAUAUUCGCGAACAAAUGCCGAGCACCAGGACUUGCCAGUCACGUUCCAGUGAACGUAGAAACAAAAAGAGAACCAGCCGCUGA